CUUCAACACUCUGCCCUAUCAUAUAUCGACUCUGGGACUAGUCUAUCAAGGUUACAUCGCAUGAAGGGGGGGCAAUGUGGGAGAUGAACCGAGACAAAUAUUAAGAUAACCAGCGAAAAUGGUUCUGAAUACCAACUAUUAUUCAGGCUAAAAAAGAAAGAUAAGGCAUCGGGCUACCGUCGGGGUUAAUCUUUGUUGAUCCAGCCAAUACACGCUGUAUCUAAGUUUCUUUUAUAUCAAUUCCUCGAUCUGCUCGUCGCCUUCUCUUCUUUUUAGUUACUCAUUUUGGAAACCACGACCGUGCUGCCAUCCUCAGGUUUGACUUGUCAUCAAGGCGAGGAAUAGUUUCUCGUGAUACCAUCACCUUCUACCAUGGAGAAGAAGGACCACGAACCGAAUGUCGCCAUUACCACCGGGGCGGCAGUCGAUGAGACUGCCCCUGACACGGCGGCGGCCCAUCUCAGAAAGUUGAAAGAACAGCAUCAUUGGGAUCCCAAUCUGCCGGACGAGGUCAUCGAUGAAAUUGAUGAGGCACUCCAUACAUCCGAUACAGACGCCAAGGUGGACAUCACCCAUGAACUUCUGGACAACUCCCCAUACCCCGAAGUGCGCGCCGCCGUCCCCAACCAUGAUGAGGGAGGCCAUACCAACACCUUUCGCGCCUGGUUUAUCGGUUUGGUGCUCGCUACCAUUGGCUCGGGGUUGAAUACGUUGUUCUCUAUGCGUCAGCCCUACAUUAUCAUUCCAUCAUACGUAGCCCAGGUUGUCGCCUACCCAAUUGGUAUGGGGUGGGCAAAGGUGAUGCCCAAAAAGAAGCUCAGAGUCUUUGGAAUUCAGUGCAAUCUAAACCCGGGUCCUUUCAGCAAGAAGGAGCAUGCGCUUAUCGUCAUCAUGGCCAACGCCACUUUCGGUGGAGGCUUCGCUUAUGCUACGGACGUGCUGCUCGCCCAGCGCGCUUUCUAUAAACAGCGUUUUGGCUGGGGAUUCGAGCUCCUGUUGUGCAUUUCAUCACAGAUGCUAGGUUUUGGACUCGCAGGUUUCUUCCAUCGCUUCUUGGUCACCCCUGCUGCCAUGAUCUGGCCGUCAACUCUCAUCAACUCGGCUCUCUUUACCGCUUUGCAUGACCGCACCAAACCUGACCCUAGCAAGGUUGCUGGCUGGAGAAUUGGAAAAUACCGUUUUUUCCUAUACUGCAUGAUCGGGUCAUUUGCCUGGUAUUGGAUUCCCGGUUUCAUUGCCCCAUUCAUGAGCGUCUUCGCCUUCGUGACUUGGAUAAAGCCACAGAAUGUCGUUAUAAAUCAGCUUUUUGGUGGUUGGACAGGCCUGUCACUUAUUCCAAUUACCUUCGAUUGGACACAAAUCUCAGGGUUCAACUUCAGUCCGCUCAUCGCGCCCUGGUACGCCAUUGCGAACACGUUGAUCAGCAUGGUUAUUUUCUUCUGGAUUGUAACGCCUGCUCUCCAUUACUCCGGUCUCUAUUACUUCAAGCAUCUUCCCAUCAGUGAUUCGAAUAGUUAUAAUAACAUGGGUAAAGUUUACGACGUAACUAAAAUUCUGACUCCCAGCUUGACCUUGGACGAAACAAAAUACAAGAACUAUUCACCUCUCUUCUUAUCCACCACUUUCACGCUUUGCUAUGGCCUCGGCUUCGCUGCCACGAUUUCAGUCAUUGUACACACAAUACUAUUCCAUGGAAAGGAGCUGUGGACUCGGCUCCGUCGCACAGGUCACGAAGAAGAGGACAUCCACGGACGCCUGAUGUCUCGGUUCAAGGAGGUACCACUCUGGUGGUAUGCCAGUGUUCUGCUUAUCAUGAUUGGAAUAUCCUUAGGGGUUACCCAGGGCUACCCAACACAUCUAACCUGGUGGGCCUUUUUCAUUGCACUGACCAUGGCUACUGUUUGGUUCAUUCCACUCGGGAUUGUCAAGGCAACAACCAACAUUGAUAUUGGUUUGAAUAUCAUCACGGAAUUCGUCAUCGGUUAUAUGCAGCCUGGUCGACCCAUGGCCAUGAUGUUGUUCAAGACGUACGGCUACAUCACCAUGUACCAGGGGCUGUAUUUCUCCCAAGACAUGAAGCUAGGUCACUAUAUGAAACUCCCCACUCGCGUUACCUUCACGGCCCAGAUGGUCGCCUGUCUGUGGUCCUGCUUUGUCCAAAUCGGUGUUAUGAACUGGGCACUCGGUGCUAUCAGCGGUGUUUGCUCAGAACAUCAGCCAGACCACUAUACAUGCCCAAACGGCCGCGUAUUCUUCAACGCCUCAGUCAUCUGGGGUGCCAUCGGUCCUCAGCGCAUGUUUUCCGUCGGCCAGAUGUACUCGGGACUAAUGUGGUUCUGGCUCGCGGGCCUUCUGUUCCCAAUUGUGCUGUACAUAUUGGCAAGAAUGUUCCCCAAGAGUCCAAUCCGCUUCCUGAGCGCCCCUCUCAUCUUCGGCUCAACGAACCUCAUUCCCCCCGCUACACCACUCAACUAUCUAGCAUGGGGCAUUGUGGGCUUUAUCUUCAACAAAUGGAUCCGUGGUCGCUGGCGCGGAUGGUGGAUGCAGUAUAACUACGUUUUGUCCGCGGGCUUGGACGUCGGCCUGGACCUGUGCACCAUCUUGAUUUUCCUAGCGCUCAACAUGACCAAGACCAGUUUUCCGUCGUGGUGGGGGACUAGGAUCGCCUCUGACACGAUGGAUGCAGCCGAUACGGCGAAGCAGAUUACAGGCGUGAAGUUUGGUCCUUCGUCGUGGUGAUGUCGGUUCAUGAAUGCGCCCGUUUUUUAUGAGCAUGCUAUGACUGACAUGUCUUAAUGAGAUUAUUUGAAUGAAAUGAAUAAUAAGUCUAAGCAAUGUUUAAAUUCGUACUGCCUCCUGGCAGAUAUGUAAUGCUAUUUUAACAUGAAACGACAAAAAGAGAGAAUCAUAUCAAUGAUGUACAAACGAAGUACAGAUAAACUUCAUGGUAUUCUCAUCGAGUCAUCAAAUUUCCAACCGAAAUUCCAAUUUGCACCGUGGUGCAAUUCCUCCCAAGUGGAUUCACCAGCCAAAUAUAACCGUUCAAGACAAAACAAUGAGAAAAGGAAGAGUGAGCUGAGAUAAUCAAAAGCAAUUGCAGAGAAGAAGCUGACUGGAAGCCACUUAGGCAACAGUUCUCUUCUUCAAUCCAACCUCCAAGCC